AUGCAAUGUAAAGGCAUUCAACCGAAUGUGAAUAUAUCUAUGAUGAAUUAUUUAGAAACUGAAAUAACCAGUUCGAAACUUGAUUCUAAACCAGAUGAUGUAGAAGAGAAAAACAGCCUUGAAGAGACCACCUACGCUGACUCGGAAUUUUCUUCGGAUGAAGAAGAACCAGCUUUAUUUGAAAAUCGUGUUUUAUGCGGUUAUUGGGGUGUAAAUAGAUUCGAGAAACAUGCGUGGGCCGAUAGUAAAAGACCCUUCACAAGAAUCUCACGUUAUAGAGACAUUAGGGAUUUUACAGAGGAAGAAAGGCAAGGAAAUCUGUCGAAAAGAAUCAUUUCUACUUCUCUAUCCUAUAUAGAAAAGUCACCAUACGACUUAAAAUACGCAUUCUGCAAAUGUAAAUUAGAAGGCAAGGGUUUAAUCGAUAUUUCAGCCUUAAGGCCAUAUCACUAUAUUCAGUAUUUGAAUAUUUCUCAUAAUUGUUUAACAAGCUUAAACGCUUUGAGUGAAAUGCCUUACUUACAAUAUUUGGAUGCAUCUUUCAACAGUAUAGAGAAUGCAUUCGAUUUUACACCACCAUUAUAUUUGACUACAGUAGAUUAUACUGGUAAUAACAUUGUAACUAUCCCUAAUUUGGCAAAUUUUUGGUCAAUAGUACAUCUUAAUAUGUCUAAUAAUAAUAUACAUGAAAUUAGAGGAUUGGACGGUCUAAAGUAUUUAAUAUAUUUGGACCUAUCCAAAAAUAAAAUAAGGAUGCUGGAAAAUUUGAACAAUUCGAAUAUCGAUACUUUAUUAAUCAAAUACAACAACAUAUGUUUGUAUCGUGCCGAAGCUUUUCAUAAGUUAGAAAGAUUACGUACAGUAGAUUUAUCUUUUAAUAAACUGACGUCUCUACAAUUUUUACGUCAAAAUUACAUGCUUGAAAAUGUUAUUAUGACCAACAAUGAAAUUUCACAAUUUUUAGAACUGUUCUAUUUGAAGGACUUACGAUACCUGAAAAGUUUAAACCUACUGGAUAAUCCAAUAGCAUCAAUGUCUCAUUACAAAUCCAUGUGUCUUAGAACUUUCAAAAAGCUGCAGUAUUUGAACGAAGGAAAAGUUACAGCUGAGGAUAGAGUUAAUGCGUCCACAAUGCAAGAUAUUAGUCUUCUUUAUCCACCUCAUGUAAAGAGAUCUCAACUUUUACUUCUAGAACAACUCAAAAGACCUAACACCGGCGCCCACGUGUGCCCUUUUGACCAACCUCAUCCGAAUGUGAUAAUGAUUAUAGGCCCGCCAGGUUCCGGAAAACGAGACGUAGUUAUGAAUUUUGUAGCUGAGAGCAGGGAAAAUAUUUUUAAAUAUUUCAGACUCCAAUUGGGGGUCAGCUAUACGACGAAACCCAAACGAAAAGAUGAAAAAUUUGGCAUAGACUAUUACUUUGUGGAUAAUUUAAAAUUCAUAGACAUGCUAAAGAAAGCAGAGUUUCUUUCGAUUUCAGAAUUUAACGGAUACCUUUACGGUAUAACUCAUCAAGAACUUACGAAAGGCAGAAAUUCGAUUUUGGUGUUUUUCUCUGAUUUGGAAACCGCACUUGUGUUAAAGAUGGCCGGUAUAAAUCCAGAAAUUGUUUUAGCGCUUCCCAGAGAUGAAAAACUACAUUUGCAAUGGGUCAGAGAUAAAUAUUCUUUCGAUCAAUCUCAAGAACGUUAUAGGUACUGGAUACGUGGGUCAUUAAAUCCCGAUACUGAAAAACAAAACAACAUGAACGAUGGAAUGUUUACCUCUACACAUCCAGUAGCUAGAAUCUAUCAAGUUGAUAAAGAUAAUGAAGGCGAAGAUAACGAUUUUUCAAAUGAUUCAUCUUUUAUAAUCGAUGAGUCAGAUUCUCUCGAGGAAUCAGAUACUAGUAAAUAUUCACAAAUUAGUAAUUACAAUGAUGAACUUGAUGAUCCAUCAAAGUUUAUUUUUAAACCAUCACAUUCACAGACUUCGCUAAAAUCGUGUCCGUUAGAUACGGGGUCGCAGAGACUUUCAACUUCGAAGGUAGCUUCCGUAAAAUUGCAAAUUGAACCGAUAGAGGUAGAAUACACGAAAAAAUUAAUAUACGAAAAAAGUUUGGACGAAAAUGGGAAAGAAUCGAAAUCAUUGGAAUUAAAAAAAAAUCUAACAGAUGAUUCAAGAUACAAAAAUUUUUAUGAUACUGGAGGAUCAUUGAAGAAGUAUACAAAAAGCGAUUACGACAACACUGAAUAUUGUUCCAAUGCCGGUUUUAUGCCAGAAAUUGAAUCAAAAAAUGAUAACAAUCAAUCGAUAAUGAAGCAAGGAACUAAAACCAUUUGUAAAGAUAAAUUUGUGUCUUUCAACUGGUUGAACCAGCCCGAUGGAAAGAUUUCCAAUCACUCAUUUCAAAGAGGUCACUUAAGAAGCGUCAGCAAUACCCAUAUUUUUACAAACCUUGAAGCUCGGUUUGAUGAGAUUCCUCUAUUGAGUGCUUUAAGUUCUACUAAAAUGGAAGUGCUCGAUAAAAGCAGAUCUUCAAAAACUGUUUAUACUUCGCUCUCAGAGAGAUAUGAUACAUUCAAAAAUGAAAAAUUAUCUUCGUUUUUCAAGUACGUUAUAAAUCUUAGGAAAAAACUUUUAGAAUUACAUUAUCAAAAUCCUGGAUUGUUUCAUUGUGUGAUAUUCACAGACAGUCCGGAUGAGUGCAUAUCAAUUUUAAAAGAUAUUGCCAAGGUUUUAACAGAAAACAUGCACAUCGUCAAGAAAUGGCAAAUUGGGCCCGAUUCAUUUGAAAACCAUCCUCGUUAUCAGCCGAUAGUGAAAAACAGAGUACAAAAAAUGAAUUUGCAUCAAAAUCCGUUCACAACGAUAUAUGACGAGGUACAAAUUGAUUGAAGAACUUAAUUUAUAAAACUAAUCCAACUAAAUCGACAUAUUUGUAUAAAAGAAACGAAAAAAAUAAAUUCUUUAAAUUCCCUCGUAACUAUCAACUUG